AUGCCACGGUGUAGGAACAGGAAAACGGUGAACCUGUACCCCUUCCAGAUCCACAGCAUCUUCCUCUCCUCCUUCGGGUCUCUCAUCGGGCCUUUCGGCGGCUUCUUUGCCAGCGGCUUCAAAAGAGCCUUCAAAAUCAAAGACUUUGCCAACACCAUCCCCGGACACGGCGGCAUCAUGGAUCGAUUCGACUGUCAGUACCUGAUGGCCACCUUCACACACGUCUACAUAGCCAGCUUCAUCAGGGGGCCGAACCCGAGCAAGGUGCUGCAGCAGCUGCUGAUGCUUCAGCCCAUACAGCAGCUCGGCGUCUUCCACACUCUGCACUCCCACCUGAGAGAGAGGGGCAUGCUCCCCCCAGCCGCCGCCCCCCAGGCUGAAUGAGAGGCAGCCUGCUUCGCUGGGUGACGACUGGAGAGUGUGUGAUGGUUUGGAAAGUUUGUGUAAGCUUGUACACACACACACACACUCACACACACACUCUUAGGUAUGGCGUCAUCGUCAUCCUGCCGACUCUGCAUUCGACUUCCAACCAGCGCAAAAAUCACAACUUUGAACCUUUGGUGACUCUCCAGACUACUUGGAAAUACCUUGUAGUAAAAAAAGAAACACACAAUACCAACAACAAUAAAAAAAAAAUCGGCUGCUUCAUUGCUUUUUUUUACGUGGACCUGUGCAUAAACUUCAACAUGCAUCACGGAGAACAGGCAGUCCCCAUCCUGAAAAGGUACAGACGGAGCUGUUUUCUGGAACAAACGGACCCUUGAGCACAUGGCUUUCUCGGCGCCGGUGGAUGGCUGAUGUGCGGUUUACCUGUGGACGGCAAAUAUUGCACUGACUUUAGCUGAAGAAACACAUUUAAGAAGCUUUUACCAGCAGAAACUGGGCCCAAAGUGUCGGGCACGCGGACCUGAGCUACAGCACACGGACUGUGGAGACUCGUCUUUCUGGUCUGGGUGGUCUGAAUACUGUAGACACUGUUUUAUAUACUCUGCUCUAUGUAAUGGUCCCAACCUCACAGCGUAACAAAACAUGUAGCAUGUACGCAAGUCCUGUUUUGGGCUACUGCUGAACUAAGCCAUGUUUAUUCUCUUCUUCCACAGCGUGAACUCUUAGCUUUUAGGUUUUGUCUGAAUCUAAAUAACUCGCACAACUUAAAGUCAAUAAAGAUUGACGGUAGGCAUGUUAACGCAGAAACUAGAGCAUCAGAACUCAAGUUAAUAGAUUUGUAUAUAAAUAGCCUAUACUGAAAAUAUUUAGCUAAAUUAAUAUCUAAUACAUAUUCUAACUACUUGUGUGACCUGCUGAGGAAAAGAAAAAAAGACUUUUAAGCUAUGAGAAAAAUAUAUGCAAAACUAGAUAUGUGACUUGUAGCCUUUAGCAUGAACAAAUUAGAUUUAUAUGAGGUAGGGAUGUAGAUUUGAUCUAUGGUUGCUGAUUAUUUAAAGGGUGUGCUGGGUGAAGCUUUACGAGAGUGCAUAAAGGAUUUAUAGGAAUAGUUGGAUAUUUGGGAAAUGCGCUUAACGUUCCGUUUAAUUGGUUUGUACCACUCUUUUCUGUAGCUGGAAGGUUAAAAGCAAAAAGAUUUAAGACGUUUUCUUAAAUCUUCUCGUCCACGAUCUCGUCCAUCUCUGGGACAGAAAGCGCAUUUCCCAAAAUGUCAAAGACUGCUUCCGUUAUAAAAAUGUAACCAAUGAUUUUAGUUGCACUGUAGCGAUGGGGGGGGGGAGAGAGAGAGAGAAUGCAUCGGACCACUCUGAAGGUUCCCGCAUCCUCGGACUCAAUGUGUGUUUUAAAUGUUUAAAAGUAACUAUUUUAAAAUCUUCUUAGGCAUUAAAUCUCUGUUAAAUUAUUACGUUCUGAAUGUAGAUUGCAAUAUAGGAUGUUAUCAAUGAUGACAGUGCUGUAUUUCCAAAUAUCUUUAAGUAUAUACAAAUCGGACUGGCAGUGGUUUUAUGAGCAAUAUCUUAACAGUUUGAUUUCUUAGAACGUGAUCAUUGAAUUCCUCUGGAAAUCUGAGGCAUUCAUGAUUAAUGAAUGAAGAUGAUGCAUAUAGGCGAGUUGAUUGGCAGCACCAUGCGGGCCGAUGAGAUCCUCUGAAUCCUUUAUUCAGAGAGAAAUGUUUACCAAAGCACUGUCUGAUUAUCAAUGAUUUCCUUCCUUUGCUAACAUUUGCAUCUGUGGCUUGUGCAAUUGCUUUCACUCUAUCCUUCCUCCAGGUGUUGAACGAGGAGGAUGUUCUAAUUUAUUUGGUCAUUUUUUCUGUUCAUGUUUCCCUCAUAGAAGUGCAUUUUAGGGUGUUUUCCCAAUAAGAAGUGAAUGGGGAUGCUGCUGGGUAGACUGUUGGGACCAGCUGUAUUGUACUGUAUACAUAUCUGACUUCAACCUCUCUGUGGCAAAACACACACACUACUGCUUCACACACUUUUCUGUGGUUGACCUUCACUGUCCAGCAAGAUGAAGUAAAGCAUAUAUCCACACGGACGGUGAUCACACUAAAGCAUUACGACCAAAACUCAACUCAAGACAGCAGGUGGCCAAAUGAUUUGGAUUAUUUGGAGUGUGCCACCGGAAUAACUAAACACCAAGUGAAUCUGUCAAAAGAUCAAAGCAUUUAAUAACUCUAAAGUGAUUUAAAACGUUUACAUUUUAAGGAUGCAAUAGGACUUUGUAUAACUUUUUGUUGUACUUUCCAUGUUUCAAAUAUAAUCUGCCUCAAUUAAUGGUUAUUUUAAUUUUAAAAUGAAUACAUGUACAAUUGUUCAACCAUUUAACUUGGUAGUAUUUAUAAAAUGAACAAUUCCAUUUAUUUAUUUUUAAUCAGUCCCUCAUUUUGUUUUUUUCUGUAAAUGUCAGGAAAAAAAUCCCUUUUGAGAAAUUUGUAAUGGAUGAGUAGAUAAAAACAAUUGAUUAUUACAUUUUAGUUGAUCAACUAUCAGCUGUCAAUUUGUUAGAUAAUUUUGUCAGUUUAAAUGGAAUACAAAAUAAAAUGUAGGUAGUUUCCAAACUAAUUUAUUUAUUCUUAAUGGACAAACUAUUCAUUUGCAAAAAUAAACGGUUAAAUCGUUUUUAUCAAAUACAUUAUAACAACAGAGGAUUAAGGCUGAUGUGAUCAUUUAAGAUAUGAGCGAUUUUUUUAUUUAUUUUUUCUCAAUUUUGAUUUAAAUCUCAACUCUACAAAAAAAUCACUUUGGGUCGCAUUAAUAAAUAUAUAUAUAGAAAUAUAGAAACAUCUGGCAUUAAUCGUCUUCCAUCUAUCAUUUAUUUCAUCAUAAUUAUUUCAGUGUCACUUUUUAUUAUAACUGAGAAGUGUAUUAUUACAUUGGCACAUUCCACAGAUUCACAGUUGCCGUUUGAAUUAGAAUGAAGUUGUUGUGUGGACUCAUUUUAUAUCUGUAUUCAAGUUAUGAAGGUAAAGCACAACCGUGAAGAUAGGAAAUAUAAGUUUUGUAACCCAAAUGUCAGGUAAUUAUGCACUGCAGAUGUUUGGUUCCUUGUCUUUUUUUAUUUAUCAUUUUGUGAAUAUUUUUGUUUGAUUUGCUUUGAGUAGGAAUGUUUUCUAAUGAAAAUCUUUAACUUUUGGAGGGGAGAAGAUCAAAAAUGACACAGGAAGUAUGCGUUUAAUAUCGGGGCAAUACAAAGUAAUGUAUAAAAACACAUAUUGAUAUCUAUCUUCUUAGGGAUAUUGUGAAGCUGUUUACUGUUUGGAGGUAAAUAAAGUUUUUUUUUCUGUAAAAUGUCGUAGAUUUUGUUUUUUAUGUUUCAAAAAUAACAAGACGAAGAAGUUCCACAUUGAAGGAGUUAUUUCAGAUUUAUUCAGAAAACAAAUGUUGAGUUUUUGAUUUGACACCUCGUCACAGACAUGAGUCUCUAAGGUCAGUAUUAAACACACAUUAUUAUAAUCACAUCAUCACUACAGCACAAACAGUGACACCUCCUGGAAAAAAUGUACUUGACAGUUUACAAAAAGAAAGAAUGAUAAUUUCCAGUUUAAAUAAUUGUUUUC